GCGCAAAGAAAAAUUAAGAGUGAUUUCGGGGUUCACGAUGAUUAACCUUUUUUCUCCCUCAUUUGGAGUUUUGCCAUUUCACAUUCUCUCUUUGACUGGAUUACAGUUGCAGAGGUGAAGCAAUUGCACUUUUGAAUUCUCAAACGGCGUCACUCCCGGGGACUGCCGGUGAUGGGCGAUGGCCAAUCGUUGAUGGUAAUGGCCAACAGAGACAAAGAUCGAGAGCUUCUCAUCCCUGUGGCAGAUUCCGCCGAUGAAGAUGCCGCGUCUAAGCCUUCAUCUUCAUCAUCGUCUUCGCAUCAUGCUGGCCGUGAGACUUUUUCCAAAGUUGUUAGGAGCUGGGCAUCAAAAAAAUUCAUGACAGGCUGUGUCAUUCUAUUUCCAAUUGCAAUUACCUUCUAUUUCACAUGGUGGUUUAUUCAUUUCGUGGAUGGAUUCUUUUCUCCAAUCUAUGUUCAACUUGGAAUUGAUAUUUUUGGUCUUGGAUUUGUAACUUCCAUAACUUUCAUCUUCUUGGUUGGGGUUUUCAUGUCAUCAUGGUUGGGUGCAUCUGUCCUGGGUCUUGGCGAGUGGUUUAUUAAGCGAAUGCCUCUUGUUCGUCACAUUUAUAAUGCCUCUAAGCAGAUUAGUGCUGCUAUCUCACCAGAUCAAAACACACAAGCCUUCAAAGAAGUAGCCAUCAUUCGUCAUCCACGUGUUGGUGAAUAUGCAUUUGGAUUUAUCACCUCAUCUGUUGUUCUCCAGAACUAUUCUGGAGAGGAGGAGCUAUGCUGUGUCUAUGUUCCAACGAAUCAUCUUUACAUUGGUGAUAUAUUUCUUGUCAACACGAAGGAUGUCAUUAGACCAAACUUAUCAGUCCGUGAAGGAAUUGAAAUUGUCGUAUCUGGAGGCAUGUCAAUGCCACAAAUACUAUCAACGCUGGAUCCUCGUGUCACGCCAGUGGAUGGAAUUAGACCUGCCACCUGAUAGAAGCAGAGGGUGAAGAAAAUAGGAGUUGUUACCUUUUUAUUUUUAUUUAAUUUUUUUUUUCCAAGUACGUUGGUUUGAUAUGGAGCAAAGAUCAAUGCAAUAUUUGAAUUUAAAUUAGUUAUUGCUGAGGAUUAGCGAUCAGAUUGUGAUGGCGUUAUAUACAGGUAACUUUUGUUUCUGUGCAGAUAGAAAUUAGAAUUUGGUGCUCUUUUGGAAAUGUAAUUUGGGUGGUGACACUGACACGGGCAUUACAAAUUGUUAACCAUCUUCUCAUAAUUCCGCGAAA